AUGUGCAUGAGUGUUGUUUCUUCGAAUAUUGGAGCCUUAACCAAAAUAGCCGUUGGCAGAGUAAUAAUUUUUGCGUCCUACGGUGUCGGCCAGAUUGUGGCGCCGCAAUAUGCGACAGGAUUCCGAGCGUUCUAUAUCAGCGUAGCCCUGAUGAGCGUGAUCGUGGUCCUCGUGGUGUAA